UUAUGUGCUCUUAAGCUUCAGCUGUUUUGUUUUAUUUUUCAGAUCAACAGAAAGAUUUAAAAAAGAAGAUGAUCUUGACAGUCUUAUUAAUGAAAUAUUUGAAGAUCCCAACUUUGAUAAAAAAUCCUUUAAAUUAAAACCUAAAUCUUCAGGUAACACAUCUGUCAGUGCUCCCAUUCAAGGCCGCGGUAAAAGCUGCAACCCCGUGUACCUCGGUGGAAGCGCUGCUCCGUGUGGAAUUGGAACAACUACUUCACAGAGAUCAUGUGACCAUCUGCGUUGUACAGCGUGUGAUUUCUGGGUUGUAAGCUAUGAUGACUAUAUGUGGGACAAAUCAUGCGAUUAUCUGUUUUUCAGGAACAACAUGCCAGAAUUCCACAAAUUAAAAACAAAGUUGGUGAAGAAGCAAGGAGCACGGGCGUACGCCUGCCAGUGCAGCUGGAGGACUAUUGUCGAACUGACUGACCUGCAGACGGACCAUCAGCUGCGUUGGGCUUCAACCAAAACAACGUCUCAAGAGAGUGAGUGCAGCAGCAGAUGUGCGAGUCCAGCUAUCGUCUAUCAAGCCAGAGAGUCAAGAGAUGGGCAGAAAUGUGAAACAAAUGUCACUCUUCUCACUACAUUUGUUUUGGGAAAUACAGAUAUUUUCACAAAAAUUCAACAACACAUAGUGGUUUUAUUUUUUUAAUUAAUAGUAUUUAAUGUUCUUAGUUUUAAUUUCUAAUACAAUAAAUAUC